AUGUAUAGCAAUUUCAAAGAACAAGCGAUCGAGUACGUGAAGCAAGCCGUACAGGAAGACAAUGCCGGGAAUUACGCCAAGGCCUUUCCUCUGUACACGAACGCUUUGGAGUACUUCAAAACCCACUUGAAGUACGAGAAAAAUCCUAAAAUCAGAGAGGCAAUUACCCAGAAAUUCACCGAGUAUUUGCGCCGUGCGGAGGAGAUUCGGAAGGUGUUGGACGAGGGCGGGGCGGGGCAGGGGAGUAAUGGAGAUGCGGCGGUGGCGACGAGGCCGAAGACGAAGCCUAAGGAUGGUGGGGAGGGCGGAGAUGGGGAGGAUCCGGAGCAGGUGAAGCUGAGGGCGGGGUUGAAUUCUGCUAUUAUUAGGGAGAAGCCGAAUAUCAAGUGGAAUGAUGUUGCGGGGCUUGAGAGCGCGAAGCAGUCGUUGCAGGAGGCGGUUAUUUUGCCUGUGAAAUUCCCGCAGUUCUUCACUGGCAAGAGGCAGCCAUGGAGAGCUUUUCUUUUAUAUGGCCCCCCUGGAACGGGGAAGUCAUACUUAGCCAAAGCAGUUGCAACUGAAGCUGACUCGACAUUUUUUAGUGUUUCAUCUUCAGACCUGGUUUCAAAGUGGAUGGGUGAAAGUGAAAAGCUAGUCUCGAACCUUUUCGAAAUGGCUCGUGAAAGUGCUCCUUCCAUCAUCUUCGUUGAUGAAAUAGAUUCCUUAUGUGGUCAGCGUGGAGAAGGCAAUGAGAGUGAAGCUUCAAGACGUAUCAAAACAGAACUACUUGUGCAGAUGCAGGGAGUUGGACACAACGAUGAUAAAGUACUUGUUCUGGCAGCAACUAAUACUCCCUAUGCUCUGGAUCAGGUAAAGGGAAUGCAAUUUCAGGCUAUUCGACGACGAUUUGACAAGCGAAUAUACAUUCCCCUCCCAGAUUUGAAGGCACGGCAGCACAUGUUCAAAGUGCAUUUGGGAGAUACGCCUCAUAACUUGACUGAAAGUGACUUUGAAAACUUGGCACGGAAGACAGAAGGGUUUUCUGGUUCAGAUAUUUCUGUUUGCGUCAAAGAUGUACUCUUUGAGCCUGUUCGGAAAACUCAAGAUGCAAUGUACUUCACUAAGAAUUCUGAUGGUACGUGGACUCCUUGCGGACCCAAGAAAUCAGGUGCUGUUCAGAUCUCCAUGCAGGAGCUUGCUGAACAGGGGGUUGCUUCACAGAUUAUUCCGCCUCCCAUCGCAAAAACAGACUUUGAUAAGGUGCUUGCAAGACAAAGACCGACGGUGAGCAAGUCCGACCUUGAGGUGCAUGAAAGAUUCACAGAGGAGUUUGGAGAGGAGGGUUGAGGAAAUGGAUACGCAAUGAGACACAACUAUUUGUGUAAUUGCUCAUCUGUAUUCUAUAUCUGUUGCUGCUGGAUUUGGAGAUACGCGUUGUUCUAUUUAAGCUUCUUCAAGUGAGAAGGUGACAUGACUUUCUCUUCUUUUUCUCUUUUUUUUUUUUCCUGUAUUGAACCGGGAACUUUCCUAAUUACCUGUUUUGAUUAAUGUAAAGAAGACCAUUGAGAAGAGUCUGUAAGAAUGAUGAACAUGGUAUAUAGGUCUGAAAUGCUAAUUGCUGC